AGCGAACAAGCAUGUCGGCGCCGGUCGCUUGGCUUGGUUGAGACUCCUCAUGACUUGCGAUCAGCAGCUGUUCAUAGCAUAGUUCGUAGCGUCAAAAUAAAGCUCUCCAAGACAAGCCAAUCCAAGCGCGCGCUCUGCUGUAGACUGCUGUGGGCACUGAGCAAGCUGAGCGCCUCGUGUCCGAGGCGCGAGUGAACGAAAUUACUGGGAUCGCAAAGCCCCAAUAACCCAAGCUCGAGUGACAAUGACACCCCAAAGGACCCAUCACGCCCGCUACAGUAGGUGAUACGCGAAAGACGUUUAGCGGCACGGGCACCUGCCCGUCCACGGAAGACAGGGCGCUUACGUUUUCAACAGCGGGUUGGAAGAAGGCCGGACACAUUGCAGAACUCAUCGUUUCUCUGCCAAGAGCCGCGAGGCGGAUGCGUCAGCUUAUAAAGACGCCUCAAAUUCACGCGCGUUUUGUUCCCAGAAGACAGCGAAAUAAGCAAUAUGUCAUCUCGUGAAGACGACAGGAAGGCAGCGGGUUUUGCGCCGCGGAAGCCUGUGUGACGGAUAUGUUUCGUUGCGAAGAUAAACUCCGCCGCGCCGUAUUUAUAAGUGACUGCUCGUCGGAAGACGACAUCGUUUUGUAUAGCGCGCUGAAGCCUGUGUUACGGCCGCCCAACUGCUGUUUUGAUGCGUCCGCCAUCGCCUUCGUGUGCAGCAACGUAGUUUCCGUGGCUUUCGCUGUUAGCGCCUUGCGACGACCUUUGCAGCGGCUGCCGGACCUCGGCCAGAGGUGUGCCAGCGGGCGUCGAAGCAGCGAGGACGACGGUGGUGGCGGCUGUCCUCUGGCGUAACCGUCAUUUGCUGCCACUGCAUGGCCGCCCGCCGCGCCGAAGCGACUGCCCUCAGGAGGUCGUCUUCGCCGUGGCUUCUUCAGUCGCUGCGGGCGCGGUGACAUGUGGUACCUGAUGGAGAACGCUCAGCGGUCGUACACCCUUUCCGAGAGGCUGCUGCGCGCCAUCGGCGUGGGCCACCACACGGCUCCCGGCACGAGGAGCGAGCAGGAGGACAUCGAGGAGUUAAUACGUCAGGGCGCUGACGUGAACCAGUCGCACGGCACCUUCCUGCCGCUCCACUGUGCCUGCAUGGUGGGAGACGCCACGAGCGUCGCCGUGCUCCUCAAAUGGGGCGCAGAUGUAAACCGUUACGAUGGCUACCACCGCACGGCUCUCCACCACGCAGUGGAACGCAGUCCUCAGUGCACAUCGCUGCUCCUAGCAGCGGGUGCUGACACGGAGUCUGUCGAUGUCAACAGGGACACCCCGCUGCACUGGGCCGCCUUUCGGAACCGGGCCGACUGCUGCCGGCUGCUGCUGGAGCACCGGGCACACGUGGACAGCCUCGACUUCAAUCACGACACUCCACUCAGCUGGGCUGCUAUGAAGGGCAACUACCCAUCGGUGCGCGUCCUCCUCGAGCACAAUGCAUCGCCAGAUGUGCGAAACUACAGCGGCAUGGUGCCGCUGGCCCGCAUCGCCGUGCUCCUUGCUGCAGGGCUUGAGUCUUCCGACGACGAGAGCGCUUUCGAACUUCUGCUGCGUGGAAUGGGACACGUCGAGUUGAGAGACCGUGACGGGGAGCUGCCAGCCGUGCUGGCACGAGACAACAAGCUGCGGACACGGCUUCUCGCUGUCUGUUGCUCACCACGGUCAUUGAUGCAGCUUGGGCGACGUGCUGUGCGAUGCUACCUCGGCGCGCAGCACUUGCCAACCGUCGUGCCUCUGCUGCCAAUACCAGUGCGACUACAAAGGUUCCUUCUGCUGGAAUUCUAAUUAGCCCUCGUGUUGCGUGUCUGUCGGGUGCUUGUGUGCCUGUCGACGAACAAGUGUUUAGCCACAACUCCCACACAGAAGUUUGGUUUGUAGCAGCAGGUGCCAAAAGUUCUCACGCAGGGUGUAAGAAAGCCAAGUAUAUGUGCACUUUGUUGGGCUAAAUGGAGGAAGACAAGGGAUGCAAUUGGCCCGACAUAACCAGCUCAAAAGCUACAGUUUGGCAUCACCUCAUCACAACAGCCUAGGCUAGAGGAAACAAUCUUGAGAUACACUGCACCGCCAUGUUUUAAUGAAAUCUAUUUUGUGUUUUUGCAUUAGUUGCAUGUCCAGAACUCAGUUUCUACCUGGUUGUCCAAUUAGUCAGUUUAACCAACUCGCUGACUUUUCUGUCACAGGCAAGGUGGGCCAACUGACACUUUGUUGAAUGGUAUUUGGAUUAUAGUGAAGUGGCUAUUGUGUACACCACCGUAAGCAAUAUCAAGCGCAUACUGCAAUUCCCAUGCUGUUUGUGCUUGCAACGGGAUUGAAGAAUGCACUUGCAGCUCCCUCUUACUGUUCCUGAUGAGUGAGGGUUAGGUGAAUCAGCCUGUGCACAGGUUGCAUCCUCAGUGUUAUGUUUCUUCCCCGAUGGGAUUUCACUAGUGGAUUGCUGAUUCAGUAAAGUUUUGUUUUAAAUUGUGAAUGUGCUUCACAUGAGAAAUCAAACAUGCCGUAUAGACCCAUGUAAGGGCUGCACCCCCACCUUGGCCGCCCAAAUUUGGAAAUCUCCAGCGGAGAAGCAAUCGUGUUCAGUGCCCCGACACCAAGCAUGCGCAACGGCGAACUUUUGUGCAUUGCGUUGUUCUGCAUGCCACUACUAGAUGGUGAGAGCUGCACGUUGACCUCUGGUGCCGUGGUACAUCCAGAGAUCUGGGAUGUGCACAAGUUGCCAGCUGCACCGUCACAAUUUUGGCCAAAAAGUUCAGUUUCAUAUAAGGGCUGCACCUUGUCAAAAUUAUGAAAAGAAAAGUGCGAACCUCACACCAUUUUAUACGGUAUCACCCAUCACAGCACUGCAAGUGUGCAGUAAGGAAUUACUGGAACGCAUGAAAAAUUGCCAGCAUGUUCUGUACAUCAUUGCAGCGUUAGCUGUAUCUGAUAUGUAUGGCCAGUGUUGGGCAGCCAUGAUCCCUGCUAUCUUUGUUGCAAGUUUUCUAUCUUGUAAUCAGUGAUGGCUUGAGUGACACUGCAUGGCAUCUACAACUGCGUACUGGCAGCUACAUCACCAGCACAGGUGGCAAAAGUGUUGUGCCACACUCAGAAUGACUCAGCUGGUCACACCCCUGGCAUAAGACUAGCGCUGCACUGUCAGUAGUUGUACACAGUCGCCUACUGAUGGCCUUAUGGAGAACCAAGGCUUUUUCAUGUGUACAGCACAUUAAAUUGCCGAGAUUUUCAUGUCAAUAUCGACAGAGCACCUGUGAAGUUGCACAGGUAGCACGAUAUUACUCAGGUUGCCUGUGACAAGGGCAUAUAAUAAUGCACAGGAUGUGCCAACUGUGAUCACAGUCAAACGCAGGCAUAUUUUUUUGUGAGAAGUUGUGCUAGGGCUCUGCAGAAUUGUGCAGCAUGAAAAUUUGGCCACUGAUCGCAUGCUCCACUUACUUUUAGCUUUACCUGUACUAGACAUCAGCAGUGCAGUUUUAAUCAGGCAUAUUUGUUUGAUGUCAGUAAUGUUUCAUUUAGAGAGAGCUACAAAGACUUUGUAGUGAAAGUAGUUUCAUGAAAGUUGCCCCUUCCUUUGCUGUGCUGAGAAAUGUUAAAAGGAACUUGAACAAUUGCAUUAAGCCCCUGCAUGAAGUUCCUUAGGUAUACACUUUAUUCAGGAAUGUGGCAAUGCACAAUAAGUUUAUUUUGAAGAAAACUCGCCUAAAUAAAAUUGAGUAGGCCUUCUUUUAGAAUCAUGGUUUAACUCCCAGGCACGUAACAGCUACUUGUAUUUAUACUUCCUUGGCAAUAAUUCAAAACACUAUUCUCCAGCUGUUAUCUUGUUCACGGUACUCCAGUUAUAGUGGUGCAGUCCCUGAACAAGUGCUCUAAGUGUAGCCAAUUUAAAAAAAGACAUACUAUUCACCUGAUUAUGAUAUGCACUGUAGCUGGUUGUGCACCAAAAGUUUUAGUCUAGCAUUCAUCCCACUUAAAUAAAUCAGUGACCAGCUCUAACUUCUGUUCAUCUGAAAUGUUUUUAUGGGUGUAUUUCUUUUUAAGCAAAGUGAAGCAGUUCCAGUUCUUAUGUUAGCCAUGCUUUCAUAGUGUUAUGGCAUCAUUUAAGGCGACAGAAGUAUUCUUGAGGCUCUUACCAAAUUGCGAGAUUAUGUCUGUGAUAGCAGCCCUUGUCCGAUUCUGGUGUCACUGAAUUGUGUGAGAGGGCUGUGCCUCCCAGUCCAAAGAAAGGAUGUGCGUCUCUUUGUCAUUUUUCACUAAAGGCAUUGAAAGUCCCCUGUUAGUAUGGAAUACAAGGGUCAUUAACCCAUUUUUUUUCCAGGACUGCCUUAUUUGCUAGUGGUGGCAGUAAGUCUGUGUAUGUAACUGUAAACUGUGGUGUAAUGGCAACACCAAGCACAGAACUUGUUUUCUAACUCUCCUUCGGCGACAGACUUACCAAAUCAGUUUUCAUGUGCAGUUUGUUCUGAGGGCUCUUUCUCUCUCGUGCAAUAUGGAGCAUGUCAUGCAUUAUCUGCAUCAAAAGUUCCUACGAGGCUGUGGGAAAAAGCUGAAUUUCAACUAAAUCGAUGAAUCAAUAAAACACUGCAUUGGUUGCACAUACUAUUACUGUGGACUGGUUCCAGACUUAUACAAGUCUAGACUUUGCAGCGGUACAGCUUUGUUGCAAAAUCUUCAGCCUAUGCACUUUUAGCGCCAACAGUAUGGUAUUGGUUCAGGUUGUGCCAAAAUGGUAGUUUCUCCAGUGAUUGCCGAUAUACUGCCCAGUCCCAUUGCAGCAUUUCCCAGAUUCUGCACAGUGCAAGGUGCAGUUGGCAACCAGCCAGCAUUACUGGUUAACGUCCUGUGCCGGAAUGGGCCUUUCUCUCUGGUCCCUGUGGUGAUAGGUUGAGAUUAUAUUAUCAACAGUUUAGGUGGCACUGAAACAAUUUUUGGACAUCGUAAGAAAACAUUCCCGAUCCGAAGGCAAUGCUGCCAUGAACAUGUGAGCCAAAUAUUAUUCAGCUGCAUGCAUCAGGGAGCCUACAGUGUUGCACAGUAGAUUGCUUGCUCUCUGUUCUGAAGCUUUCAAAGCCCCUCACUCUCUUAAUACGAAAGUAAUAUAUGUCCCAUGAGGCAGAAAAGGCGGCAUUAUCCGCAACGAGUGGCGACAAAGAUCAUCAUCAUCAUUGAUGUCAUCGGCAUCUUCUAUUCCGUCAGUAGUAAUACAGAAUUAAAGUUAGAACAAGUUAGAGUGAGGUGUCUUAAGGUCGAGUAAAGACAAUUAAAGAAGUAAAGUGAAUUAAAGUGGCUUAAGGUUGGUACAAAUAAGAGCAAGGUGGAUUAGGAUAGAGUUGUAAAGGACACAUGACAAUGUAUGACGUCACGUAUCAUGGACGUAACCAAUUAAUUGAGUGACUCAAUUUUUUUGCCACCUUUUGCCACAACAGCAAAGACGUUGCAUCAUGUGCAACAUAUAUACACCAGCCAUUGGGCAAUUGAUCAUGACCAUGAAUCACUUGCAAAAAGAAAGCUUGCGCAGGCAUGCCCACCCUUUUCAGUCUUUUAGGAAACAGGGCAGCAGUAGUUGUUAAAGGGACGGUCUAUCGUUCUUCAAGGACCUUCUGUUUUGUAGUGCAAUAGAAAGCCUACCAUUCGAAGUGUGUAAACGUGCAAUGGUUUUCCUGAAAAGAGAGUAGAAACUGUUAAAGCAUAAAUUUUCUAUCUGCAUAGUCGCUUCCUAAAACUGUGCACGAAUGGCAGCAACACUGGGCCUCUUCGAUUAUGCAGUCCGGGGAUUUAUUCUCAACACGCAUGGCGGCUGCACGGCCACCCUUAUCCGACAUGUUGGCUCUCUGAUUGGCUGUCAAGAGGUCAUGUGUCUUAAGUUUGCACCAGGAAACAGAACUUUUGCAAAAUGCAAUUUUUCGUUUUCGUCAACAUGAUGAAAUAUGACGUGGAUCUGCAAAUCUUAUAGACUAUUACUUUUUUCUGGUCCUUGGCAGCUGCUUACUUUAGCACUUUAAAAAGUGAACGGUAGUGUGUAGAAGCCCGUGCAGUGCAUCAGUAGUUUUGCGAAUAUGUGGUGGUGGUCCAUGAUAGCUGCCAUGUCAGCUUGCUGAUUGGCUGAAGGUAUAUCCCGUGAGGAGCGUCACAGCAAGGGCCAUUUCGUAAAUGUUAGUCUGUAGUUGCAUGAUCUUGCACUGGGUCACCAUUGCAGAUAUUUUCUGCCAUAAUUUGUGAUGCAACGAGCCGCGCCAAUUAUGCUGCUAAUGAGCAUCCAUAUGCAAUGGCGUUCAAAGCAUGAGUAUCGACGCAUUUUCCCCGUAGUUUGUGGCGAUGAAAAUCUUUUGUUCAUAACGCAUGCUCAUAGUAUUUGCAUAGCUUUGGGGGGGGGGGCAUUUGUGUUGUGGGCAAUCACUUUUUUUUAAAAACGCAUUCAUUUGUAAUAAUACUGGCUGAACAUUACAAACCUUCUGCAAUUUUUUUCACUUUUCACUGCUGUGUUUGUAUUGUAAUCAAGAUUAAUGACUUCACAUCAGAGGUUGUGACAAAGGUGGCUUUUUAAUUUAUAAAAAGAAAUUCACGCAAGGCA